AUGGGCACUAGAGCACAAAGAGUAGAGGAAGUCUCCAAAAUUACACCAAAGGUUACCAGCAAAGACUCCACCACUUAUCUGUUUCGAUGUUUUCGCAUAAUGGGUCUUUGUAGGACGAAGAAGCACAAAUACUUGCACCUGCUGUGGUCCAUUUUUGUACACUUCAGUGUUACCAUUUUCUUGCCUUCCUCUUUUCUAGUCAGCUAUAUGCGAAAAUCGAGUCAAUUUGAAUAUGAUACCUUACUAACCUCCAUACAAGUUGCCAUAAAUGUCAUAGGUUCUUCGAUGAAAAUAUGUAUGUUGUUGUAUUAUAUACCUCAUCUACUAACAGCUGAGCCCGUAAUGGCUAAAUUGGAUGAACGUUGUAUGGAUGAGGAUGAAAUAGCUUUACUCUAUAAACUUAAAAGUUUGGGUCGCCGUUUGGUGGUUAGUUUUGCUACCUCAUUUUGGAGUUAUGCCACCUCUACGUUUAUAGUAUCUAUACUGGCGGGUCAUCCACCCUAUUCAUUGUAUUUUCCCUAUAUCAAUUGGCGCAACUCCAAAUGGGAAUUUAUUGUGAUUUCUAUAAUAGAAUGGUUGUUAAUGGGUGGUGCUUGUUCGCAAGAAGUGGCCAAUGAUGCCUAUGCUGCUGUUUAUGUUUGUAUGCUAAGGGCUCAUGUGAAUAUUUUACGUCUGAGAAUUAGUAAAUUGUGUUCGAAACCUGAUAAAACUUUGGAAGAUAAUUUGGAAGAUUUGAAGCUGUGCAUUAUGGAUCAUAAGAAUAUUAUAGAACUUUAUAAUAUCAUUACACCCGUUAUUUCCGCUACAAUAUUUCUGCAAUUCACCAUAACUGCCGGUAUUCUAAGCAUUACUCUGAUUAAUAUGAUGAUCUUUGCUAAGGCUGUUUCCUCCAAAAUAGCCUCUUGUUUUUAUGUGUUAGCCGUGGUAGUGGAAAUCUUUCCCUUGUGCUAUUAUUCCAAUUGUUUAAUGUAUGACAGUGAUCGUUUAAGUGAGGAAAUCUUUCAUUCCUCCUGGAUUCACCAGAGUCCUCAGUAUCGUAAAAUGUUGAUAUUUUUCAUGCAGCGUACUCAACAGACCAUAGAAUUUAUGGCGGGUAAAAUAUUCUACAUUAAUUUAAAUAGUUUUAUCAGUAUCGCCAAAUUUUCUCUUUCUUUGUACACUCUAAUCAAGAAAAUGAAUCUUAAAGAGAGACUCGGUUUGCAGUAA